GCAUCUCCUCACACAUGCAGUUAGAUCAGGCAUAGGCAAACUCGGCUCUCCAGAUGUUUUGGGACUACAACUCCCAUCAUCCCUAGCUAACAGGACCAGUGGUCAGGGAUGAUGGGAGUUGUAGUCCCAAAACAUCUGGAGGGCCUAUGCCUGAAUUAGACACUCUGCUGUUGGGAGCAGUGAAGGAUGAUAACCGAAACUAUUCACAUCCCAGCCUGGUGGUGAUGGUAGUGUGGCUGAGAGUUCAGAUCAGUGGUUUGGAACCUCCAGCCCAUGGAACUAUUCAGGCCUGCUAGGCCUCAGAAAUUGGACUGCCAAGCCAUACCUACCUUUCCCAUGUCUGCUGUCAUAUAUGACAUCAAGCAGGGGAAGUUCAAGCCAUGAGGUCCUCAUUUCUUCCUUGGUAGGGAAAACUGGCACUUUCAAAAGAUGCCAAAUAUGAAAAGAGCCAAGUCUUGGCUGCAAAGGAAAAACCAGGAGCGCAUUUCUGAUUCGUUAUUUGCAGCUGCAGCUUGAAUUCAAGACAGGGAGGCAAAAGUAGAGUCUUCUUAAGGAGCUCCAGCUGCAAAGGGAGCUUUUUCCUUCACACCUGAAGGUACAAUCACCUGAUAGACAGAUCCAGUUCCCCAUCCCUGUUUUAGAUGGAGGUAGGUAAAUGGGGGUGCAAUCUGAGGCUGUAUCGGCUGCACUCUGAUGCAAAGUUAGCAGCUGCCCUACCUGCUGAAGGAAUGUUUUUGUCUUCACAAUACAAGCAAUAAAAUUCUUAUGAAGACACCAUCAAUCUCCAGGGUUCUCCAAAGGAAACCCAAGACUACCUCUGGAACUUCCCACCCCUAGGGGAAAAGGAACAAGGAAUGACUUCAUGUGAAUCAGCUAAACCAGAAAUACAGGUAGAGAAAGAGGUAGAGGAUUUCCAAAGGCAAAUACCCUGACAGGACAGUAAAAAAACAAAAAAACCACGUCUUGAAUGGAAAAAUAACAGGGGAAAGUAGCUGUUCGAGAGAGCCUGGAGUGGUUGAUACUCUUUCCAACGUGAAAAUGGAAGAAGCCGAGGUGGACAUUGAUACUCUCAUUGACGAGAUGGAUUACAUUCCAGGUCACUUUCACUUAGAUAUGAACUUGAACUUUGAGUCUUCUUCACCUAUGAAUUUCCAAGGGCGAGACUUGAAGCUGAAACGAGAAAGCCUAACCUAUGAGUUAGAGCUCGAAACUGGCUUCCAGCAGUAUGCCAUCAGAAACCUCCUUGGGGUUUUUUCUUUCUACCUGGAAGAAGUGGAACAAGCCAAAGAGAUUUUCCUCUGCAUCUCUCAGGAGGACCCUGAGAAUCUGAACACUUGGGCCAACCUCGCCUACGUUUAUGAUAGACUGAACAACGAGCAAGAAGAGGCUAGGUGCACCGAAAGACUCUCCCUCUUAAUGGGCUUGGAUUCAGAAGACCACAAGCCGCAAGGGGACCCCCAGCUCAGAACAGCCCGUUGCUUGGCUGAGCAGGGCUAUGCUUACGCCUUCGACGUUGGGCUGGUGAACGAAGAAGAGAAGAUGGAGAAACUGACUGCAGGCCUCACUCUCUACGGCAAGGCUCUUGCUUAUGGGAAGCAGAUCCCUUUGGAGGAGAAACGAAGCUGGUACUUCACUAUGGCCACCCUGCACAUCAGGUUGGAUGCGAUGUGGAUGAACAAGGGCAAUGAUGAGGAAAAAAGGUUGCCAGCCUUCAACAGAACCUUGGUUUUGCUUCAGCAAGUCCUGAAGUGCUCCAGCCUACAUUAUAGAGCCUUGGCCUGCUGCUAUCUUGGGAUAUUGUUUGAAAGGAAAUAUUCCUUCUCAGAUACCCCUAUGGCUAUUCAUGACUGUGGGUACUCUGGGACAGAUCCCCUCGACUGCUUUGGAAAAGCAAUAGAGAUAGCUAGAGAAAACCCACUGGUUCUGAACCGCCUAGCAAAAAUCUUCCACUUCCUUGGCAAGCAAGAGAUGGCAAUGGCAGUCUGCAACAUGGCCUUAGAUGUGCUGCCAGAUCCAGUACUUAACUGGCAGGCAUAUUGCAUGCGUGCCAAGAUGCUGCUUAAACUAUAUUUGCGUGAUUUGGAUCGUGUGAAGAUGGGCCUGGGAGGAAUGCCAGACCAGAGAAACCUCUCUGAUGCCAAAGCUGAUCUCGAGAACGUCAUGAAGGUGCAUCCGUGUCUGAAGACUUACCUUGACCUAGGCCAGGUAUGUUACUACAUGGGAGUAGAUGCCAUGCAGGAACUUUUACUCGUAGAUGAAAAUGCCGUGAACAAUGCCCUUGUGUUCUUUGCUAAAGCCAUGGAAUUAGACCUGGGGAAUGUUUUGCCUGAAAUCCAGCUGCUGAGGGGGAAAUGCCUUCGGAUAAAAAAUGAAGACCUGAAUGCCAUGGAAUGCUUCAAGCAGGCAAUAGAGCUGGAUGGUGUGGGUUCUGUUUACACAGAGAGCUUCCGUUGCUUAAUGGAAAUGCUGCUUGCCUUGUUCAGUCAGAAGAGGAUGAAUACAGAGAUGCUGAUGAAGGAAGUAGAGUUGUGGGUGAAGAAGGCUGAGGAGAAAUAUCCCAAACAGCGAGUGCAGCAGGAGCUUAGGCUGGUGUGUCGUCACUACACAGCUGAGGUGCUUGAGCUCUCCAAAGCCAUGGUGGCCAGAGGGAAGACUGAGCUGGUGAAAUUGCUCUUUGAGACCAUGAGGUGUGACUUUAACAAAGGUAGACGGAAUGAACGCUCACUCUCCUUUUGAAUGGCUGGUUUGCUUUUCAGCCACGUGGCACAGCAAGAGAUUUAGCUCUCCCCAUAGUUUGCAGAAAGAAUUAUGAAAAGCUAUAUAAUAAAAUGUGAUACUUUCUAGAGCACCCACCAAGUAUUAUUAUCCCAUAUACAUGGAGGAGUCGAGGUAUGUGUGCUCAUAUUAAAAAAUGAGCGUGCUUAAUUUUUUUCAAAGCAAAACAUUAAACAAGCUCAAAACAUUUACAUUAUGUAUGUAUGUAUGCAUAGCACACAGAAGCAGGUCAACAGUAGAUAAAAUAGCCUUCAUUUAUUACUGGGAAGCAGGUAAGGUGUAAGUGAUUUACAGCAACACUCUGAUUUUAAAAAAUUGGCAACG